UCUCAUCUACCUCAUCAAUACACUCAAAACAUUCAUAUUCGCCAGUGAGAAAUCCAAACCACUCAAAUAGAGAUUUAGUAAUUCUACCAGAAGAGAAAAGAAAUCAUCAUCAUGAGUACUACUUCGAGAACAAGCAAGGCUAUUGUGGCAGCAAGUGUUGGAGUUGUGGAGGCACUGAAGGAUCAAGGAAUUUGCAGGUGGAAUUCCGCAAUAAGAUCUAUUCACCAACAAGCCAAGACCCAGUUCAGGUCCUUUUCUCAGGCCAACACCAAGUUAUCUUCUUCUUCAACCUCUGCUUUGAGCAGAGUUAGAGAUGAGAAGCUGAAGAAGUCGGAGGAGUCCUUGAGGACAGUCAUGUACCUAAGCUGCUGGGGUCCCAACUAAGAGUCUAACACUCGGAAUCAAGAGCUAGAUUACUUAUUUAUGGAACCGUUGCUGGUUAUAUAGAGCCUGAGAUGAACAAGAAUGAAACUUGUCGAUCCAUCGGUUUGGCUUGUAAUUAGAUCAUCUAAUUUAGAUGGAAGGAAAAUCGUCUGUUCUCUCAUGCAAUUGGGGCAAAAUGAUGUAAAUUUUUGUUAUAGCUGUUGACAAUGUUAUACAUCUUUUGAUGCCUUGAUCAGUA